AUGCAGGCCCCGGUCGUGGUUAUGAACACCCAGAGUGGUGAGAGACAGACUGGUCGAAAGGCCCAGCUGUCCAACAUCGCUGCCGCGAAGACUGUUGCCGACAUCAUUCGAUCAUGUCUCGGUCCCAAGGCCAUGCUGAAGAUGCUGUUGGACCCCAUGGGCGGCAUCGUGCUCACGAACGACGGUCAUGCCAUUCUUCGAGAGAUCGAGGUGUCGCAUCCCGCAGCAAAGAGCAUGAUCGAGCUUAGCAGAACACAAGACGAGGAAGUGGGCGACGGCACAACAACGGUUAUCAUUCUGGGUGGUGAGAUUCUAGCACAAGCCCUGCCGCAGCUCGAGCGAAACAUCCACCCGGUCGUCAUCAUUUCCGCCUUCAAGCGCGCGCUCAAGGACGCUUUAGAGAUCGUCGACGACAUUUCCCUGCCGAUAGAUAUCAACAAUGACAAGCAGAUGAACAGCCUGAUCUCCUCCUCCAUCGGUACGAAGUUCGUCUCGAGAUGGUCCGACCUGAUGUGCAGCCUGGCUCUCAAGGCCGUACGGACUGUCUCCUGGGAGGCUGGAAACGGCAAGCAAGAGGUGGACAUCAAGAGAUACGCGCGUGUGGAGAAGGUACCCGGUGGCGAGAUCGAGGACAGCAGAGUACUGGACGGCGUCAUGCUCAACAAGGACAUCACCCACCCGAACAUGCGACGGAAGAUCGAGAACCCGAGGAUCGUGCUGCUGGACUGCCCCCUCGAGUACAAGAAGGGCGAGUCGCAAACGAAUAUCGAGAUCACGAAGGAGGAUGACUGGAACCGCAUCCUGCAGAUCGAGGAGGAGCAGGUCAAGUCGAUGUGCGAGGCGAUUCUGGCCGUCAAGCCUGACCUGGUCAUCACCGAAAAGGGUGUCUCGGAUCUGGCGCAACACUACUUCAUGAAGGCCAACAUCACCGCGCUUCGCAGAGUCCGGAAGACGGACAACAACAGAAUAGCCCGUGCGACCGGCGCAACGAUUGUAAACCGGGUGGACGAUCUCCAAGAGUCGGACGUGGGUACUCAAUGUGGCCUGUUCGAGAUCGAGAAGAUUGGUGACGAGUACUUCACCUUCCUCACGCAGUGCAAGACCCCGAAGGCCUGCACCGUCCUCCUCCGUGGCCCCUCGAAGGACAUCCUCAACGAGAUCGAGCGGAACCUGCAAGAUGCCAUGGGUGUGGCUCGCAACGUCAUAUUCCACCCCAGAUUAUCCCCCGGUGGUGGAGCGACAGAGAUGGCCGUGGCCACCAGACUGGGAGAGCUGGCUAGGAACAUCGAGGGUGUGCAGCAAUGGCCGUACAAGGCCGUCGCCGAGGCUAUGGAGGUCAUCCCCAGAACGCUGGUGCAGAACGCGGGUGCCAGUCCUGUAAGAGUACUGACACAGCUUCGGGCCAAGCACGCAGAGGGCAAGAGCUCAUGGGGUAUCAACGGCGAGUCGGGCACCAUUGUGGACAUGAAGGAGUACGGCAUCUGGGAGCCGGAAGCAAUCAAGCUGCAGAGCAUCAAGACUGCUAUCGAAGCCGCCUGUCUGUUACUGAGAGUAGAUGAUAUCUGCAGUGCCAAGAAAGCGGCGCAAGUGGGAGCGGGACUAGGCGGAGGAGACGACUGA